UUGCUUUGAUUUGCAGGUUUGAAGCAGAAAAUGUAGAUUAUUUUUUUUUAGCACAGGGAAAAAUAGGGAUUUAUGUGAUUUUUCCAGAAAGACGGAUUUCUGAGCAGCGUUCUGGGGCGAGAGGAACCGCUAUGGGUAGGUGAAACCUCCCGGCUGCCUGGCGAUGGGUGCUCGUGCCACUCGCGGAUGCUUUUUGAGCAUCAGUAACACAUUUUUUUGGUGUUAAAAAAACAAACGCCACAGCGCUAAAUUUCUGCAAAAAGCAGAACAAUUCAAAAUUUCUAGUAGUAGUCAGCAUCUUUGGGGUUUUCCUGUUUUUUUUUCUCACAUUUAUUCACACUUCUCUUUUCCGUUCAGACUUUGGCAUUUCCCAGGGUUCAUGUGUCCCCGGGUGAGCUCAAGCUGCACUCAAAAACCCCGUUCUGGUCUAGCAGUGACCCAAAAAGGACCAGAAACACCCCAAAAAAAGGGAUUUGCGUCAAAGUGGGAGCAAAGGCGAGCCUCCAGAGGUGGCCAGUGGAAUGCCAACACACGAGCUCUUCCUCGCUGCUGCCCUCCUCUUCCUCGUCGGAGCAGGCAGCGGGGCUAAUGGAGCAGCCGCAGGCCGGACGGUGGGAGCGAGGGGAGGGGCACGUCCGCCCCCCCCAGCCGCCAGCUGGAGCCCUCCCCGGAGGAAGCGAGAGGAGGAGCCACCUUCAUACCUGAAGUGGGUGACUUUUGAAGGCGAGCUGCCCGCCGACGCCGUCUCCAGCUGGAACAACUACACCGGAGGAUGGAGUACGUCUGCUCAACGGAGAAGCUCAACUGCAACCCCGGUGCCUACAUCCCCGAGCGCGGCCCCUUCUGCUUCUUCCCGUACGGGGAACGGGAGCGGAAUAGCCCCAGCUUCAAGGUGCUGGUCAACGUGGGAGGCUUUGAGGCGCUGGACUGGGUGGAUGACUCCUUCGGCAGCGUGCCUGAAAACGCCGUGGAGGGCUGCCCGUCACAAGACAUCUUCAUCGGGAGGAACCACUACGGCCUGGGCAAGAUCUCCAAAGUGCAGAGGGCUGCCUUCAUGAUGGUGGACGAUCAGGAGGUUUGGUACAAGUGGUACCAAGUCCUGGUGGUCAGGAAGGGCCCGGCAGAUGUCACCAUCUCCGACGUCCACUACAACAUGAGCGGGGCAGUGGAGCACGGGGAGGACGUUGCCCUGACGGGGACCACGGUGAGGAACGAGGGCUGCCAAGCGCUGGGCAGAGCGGCCACCUUGGAGGAGGUCACUGAGGUGGAGAACGACUGGGAGGUGGACCAGAAGGUCUUCGCCACCAUCCACGGGGUGUUGCGAGCCGCUCUCCUGACCUUCACCGGGACGGACUGGGAGGUCACCGACAUCACCAGCAUCCCCUGGGUGGGGUCGGCCAGCACCAGCAAGUACGUUGUCCAGACCCACGUGGCGGAGGAGGAGGUGAAGCCCCGGACAGCGUGCAUGGUGGCCCUGGAGGGCCGCCGGUCGGCCAUCCGCGUCCCCUUCUCCGCUCAGCUGACCCGUGACUUUGGCGGUGGCCACCGGCACCGUGUGGCUGUGACGGGGUGGGCUCGCGGCCGGGCCGUGGGGGGUGUCCGGGCCAGCGUCAAGCAGUGCUGGCCCAUUGCCGGGGCCCUGCCGUGCCAGGCGUAGGGGACGCCGAGGCCUUUCGGUGCCUCUGGCACCUUCCACGUGACACAGAGAACGCCACGUGGCUUUUCGCAGUCUGCUUUCUCCUGUUCUUCUUUUUUCCCUCCCCAAAUAACCACUGUCUCACCCCAAGUUAGGAUAGCAGGAACUUGGAAUACAGCAAAACGGCGCUUUUUGUGUUUGUUUUUUGGCCUUCCUUAUUUUUCAUAUAUUUUGUUUUCACAGCAUAACCUUCAUCCCUCUCUGAAACGACAUGGAAUGC